AUGGGUCUCGACGCCAGGGAAAUCGCGGCCAAGUCAAAGGCCUUGCAAGCGGCCGGAACCCAGAAUGAGCCCGCAUCUGUGAUAGUGGGCAUACUCAAGGAAUUGAAGGACGGUGUUCAGGCAACGGAGGAGCUUCUGCGAUCCACCCGUAUCGGCAUCGUUGUGAACAAGUUUAAACAGCAUAAGGUCCCGGAAGUCGCACAGAUGGCGAGCGCGACAGUUACUAAGUGGCGUGUUGAAGUCAACAAGAUUAAGCAAGCAAAAGCAGCAGCGAGCCGGGGAUCCAGCGGAUCUCCUCUUCACACACAAAAUGGCACCGGUGCAUCGACACCUACCGCUGCUACCCCCUCCUCCGAUAAGGCGAAGUCGUCCGUGCCCCCAGACAAGCGAUCGUGGAAGGCCGAUGGUGUCGACGUCAACAAGACCGACAGCAAAUCGCGCAAUGCCUGUGUGGGACUGAUGUACGAUGGUCUGUGUCUUGGAUCAACUGAGUCAUCCAAGGCCGUUUUAAUCAAGGCUUGCGCUGUGGAAACUGCAGCAUUCACGGCAUUUGGACCGGAGUCGAACAAGGAAUAUGGCGCAAAACUGCGCAGUCUCUUCCAAAAUCUCAAGAACAAGUCGAAUGCCUCCCUGCGUACGCGCGUUCUGAGCGGAGAACUUGCAGCCAAAAGCUUCGUGACUAUGACAUCUGACGAGCUGCGCUCUGAUGAGCAAAAGGCAAAGGACGCCGCGCUUCAAAAGGAGAAUAUGGAUAAGGCCAUGGUGGCCCAACCUCAACGCAGUAUCAGUACCAGUUUGCAGUGCGGCAAAUGUGGUCAACGCAAGGUGACCUACACUGAGGCCCAAACCCGCAGUGCUGAUGAACCGAUGACACUGUUCUGCACUUGCUUGGCCUGUGGCAAGUCGUGGCGCCAGUGA